AUGUCCCUGAAGACUGCCAGCGUACCGAUUGUAGAUUGCGCCACUACGAUCUAUGGUCUAGCUUCUGAUGUGCGCAAUACGCACAAAGCUUUCGAUGAGACGCAUCGGCAGAUCCUCCGCAUUCCAGAUCAACUGAAACCACCACGGCUGUCGUCCGAAUGGCACAUAUUUUCAGAGCAAUACAAUAACAUCAUACACUCCUCUGAUAGUGCCGCUACCGGUGUAGCCUCCAACAUCAAUGUAUACCUCUCAUUGCAGGGCGAGAUCGGUGAGGAGGAUACGGACGACAUGAUCGAAGAGCUUGCUGCGUUAAUCAAGGACCUAGCAAAGGUCCCGACAGACAUGAGUGCUGCUUGCACCGACCUCAAGCGUCGUCUGGAGUCGUGUCUUCGUGAACUAACCGGGGCUCCAGCUUCCGGAGGUCAGGGAACUCCGCCCGCUGCUACAAAUUCUGCGACGUCAAAGACUCAAGACCAGGUGAAGCCUACCAACCUGCGGCAGAGAGCGUGGGGCCGCAUGAGCAAUGCGUUGGCGGCACUACAGCAGAUAGAUCAGAGCAAAGGGAGUUUAAAUGCUCGGUCGCAGAGCUACGCAAAGGACCAGUCGCUGAGCUCUAAUGUGCAAUCUAGAACCCCCCAAGCUCCCCAUGAGGUCCCAGAAGGAGGCUCUGCAUCACUCACAGACGCACAGAAUGCUCCCCAGCCUACGGCACCGACGUACAUCGAUGGCGCCUUGGUGAAGUCUAUCCAGGAUAUCAUCGCGAGUUUGGAGAAGCAGACCAACAAGUUCAGAGCGUUCGCCGAUGCAGCGAAGCAUCUCGAGAACGAGUUGAACGCGUACCAGUCUGCCUUCCAGGCUGUCAAGAUAUAUCCUACCCCUGUGAGUGCUUUCCUCGCAUCUAGCACUACUACUGCUGAAGAUUGUACUACGGCACCGCUGGUUUGGGGUACCCGGUCACAGGAGAAGCGAACGGCACUCCAGAAUAUGCACACUCGCGUGGGCGCAUCGGCGAGACUCUGGCGAGAGCUAGCGAAUGUGUUGACGGACGGCUAUGCCCGACUGCAGAAGUAG